AUGAUCAUCUCCUGGAACGUGCGAGGGUUGAAUAAAGCAGGGAAAUGUAGAGAGAUCGCAGCCCGUCUCAAAAAACUUAACCCUGAUUUUGGUAUCUUGGUAGAAACCCGAGUGAAGUUUUCUAAGAAGGAUAGUAUUCGGAAUAAGCUGGGUGGUCAUUUGUCUUUUAUUGACAAUUACCAAUCCCAUGAAAAUGGUAGAUUGUGGAUUUUCUGGAAUCCUAAUAAAGUUUGUAUUAAGACUAUCAAAGUAUCCGAUCAGUUUAUCCAUUUUAGUGUCUACAAACCUAAUGGAGAUUUUCAUAUGUGGGGGACUGCCAUAUAUGCACACAAUACGCUGGAGAAACGAAAGGUGUUGUGGUCUGAUAUUGAGAGUCUUGCUCAAAUUUCCCAGGGGCCAUGGUUUCUCAUGGGGGAUUUUAACAACGUGAUGUCUGUACAUGAUAGGAUUGGAGGGAACCCUGUACUAGAGCAUGAGUUUAGAGAUUUGAGAGAUAUGAUGGCUGCUACAGGUCUGUUCGAGAAAGAAAGUAGUGGAGAUCACUUCACAUGGUCAAACAAUCAAGUGAAUGGGAUUAUCUACUCUAGAAUUGACAGAGUCAUUAGAAAUGUGAUAUGGCAACAACAGCAUGCUGACUCCAAAUUGCAAAUUAUGGACCAUGGAGUGUUAGACCAUGCCCUGUUAUGUCUGGAAUACAAAAUGCAGCAAACCCCAGUGCACAAAAGUUUCAGAUUCCCUAAUGUCCUACUACAAAUGGAGGGUUUUGAGAGCUCUGUGAAGGAAAACUGGUGUGUUGAGAUUGAAGGUAAACCUAUGGUUAGGCUGUGGAAAAAAUUGAAAAGAUUGCAGCAGGUGGUAAAGUAG